CAUUUCAUCUUCUGUUGGUGUGGUGGUGGUGGUUUGAGAUCGUGAAAUCUUUCUUACCUUUCAUGGUCCAUGCAAGUAAAAAUCGUUUAGACACGAGUCUUGUUUUUACUUCGACAGAUGGAAGUUUUGAUUUGCACGUACAUAGGGAGUUUCAAGUAAGUAACAAGACCAAAGUGAUACUUUCUACUGCAGCCAAUCACGGAGAUGCAGAGCUUUUGACGAGAGCUGCCAUCGAGCAUUCUUUUACAGUCGGAAAUAGUUGGCCUUGGAAGAUGGACUUGCGAGGAGAAAUUGUUCCUAUUCAAAAGACGAUUGCUUCCUCAUCGAUAUACAAGACGUGGUUAUUAAAUGAACGAACGGAACUAACUGUGAGAUAUCAAUUUUCCUUUAGAAAUUGGAAAAGAGAUAGAAUAGGUCGCAUUGGUUUUGUCCAUACUAUUCCAGGCGGACAACCAUCUUUGAAGGUAGGAUUGGGAGCGGAUACCAAAGGAAGAAGAAUGGCUGCUUUUAGAGAUAAUAACUUGACAGUUUCCACAGAUAUGGAGGGCUCUUGGGCAAUGAAGUUACACUUUCAUCGUAAUAUAGAUGAAAAAUGGAUCUGAAGAAAAGAGUGCAUAAUGAGUAGUGAAGAAUGAUUCUGCAGUCAUUAUUAUUUUGUAUUCAACGGCUUUCUUCUUCUUUUAGAGGUCGAAUGGGGCUCAUUUUCACAUAAAGGUCGAAAGGACAUACGAUGCAAUGCUGAUGGUCCAAAUGUCUGAAUCGCUUUCAGAUGAAAUGCUGUUCCA